UGACAGCCUCAUAAUCUGGCUGCAGUCAUUCAAUACCACUGCGCCUUGUCAAGAUGUAAAACAGCUAACUAACGGAGUCGCCAUGGCGCAAGUCCUUCAUCAGAUUGACGUUGCUUGGUUCAAUGAAUCUUGGUUAAGCCGAAUCAAAGAGGAUGUCGGUGACAACUGGAGAAUAAAGACCAAUAAUUUAAAGAAGGUUCUUCAAGGAAUUAUGAGCUAUUACCAUGAGUUUUUGGGGCAGCAGAUAUCUGAAGAACUUAUCCCUGAUUUAAACCAAAUAACCGAAUGCUCAGAUUCAGUGGAACUUGGGAGGUUACUCCAGCUAAUUUUAGGUUGUGCCAUCAAUUGUGAAAAGAAGCAAGAACAUAUUCAAAAUAUAAUGACUUUGGAAGAAUCUGUUCAGCAUGUGGUCAUGACUGCUAUUCAAGAGUUGAUGAGUAAAGAAAUAUUGAACUCUCCUACAAAUGACACUGUUGGUGAAUUAGAACAACAGCUUAAAAAGGCCUUGGAAGGACUCCAGGAAGCACUGGCAGAAAAAGAGGAGCUGAGGCAAAGAUGCCAAGAACUAGAUCUGCAGGUAACUGCACUUCAAGAUGAAAAGAGCUCACUGGUUUCUGAGAAUGAGAUGAUGAAUGAGAAGCUUGACCAAUUGGAUGGAUCUUUUGAUGAUCCAAAUACAAUGGUUGCAAAAAAGUAUUUUCACGCACAAUUGCAACUAGAACAAUUACAGGAAGAAAACUUCAGGCUUGAAGCUGCAAAAGAUGAUUACCGUGUUCACUGUGAAGAACUUGAAAAGCAACUAAUUGAAUUUCAACACAGGAAUGAUGAAUUAACUAGUCUUGCUGAAGAAACAAGAGCCCUAAAAGAUGAAAUAGAUGUUCUUAGGGCUACCUCUGAUAAAGCAAAUAAAUUAGAGUCAACAGUUGAGAUAUAUCGUCAGAAGCUACAAGAUCUGAAUGACCUUCGUAAGCAGGUGAAAACGUUACAAGAAACGAACAUGAUGUAUAUGCACAAUACAGUCAGCUUAGAAGAAGAACUAAAGAAGGCAAAUGCAGCACGUACACAGUUAGAAACAUACAAAAGGCAGGUUCAGGAUCUUCACCUUAAACUCUCCUCAGAAUCCAAAAGGGCAGAUACACUAGCAUUUGAAAUGAAGCGGCUUGAAGAGAAGCAUGAAGCUUUAAUUAAGGAAAAAGAGAGACUAAUAGAGCAACGUGAUACCCUAAAAGAAACGAAUGAGGAGCUUCGGUGUUCGCAAGUACAACAGGAUCACCUCAACCAAACUGGCACAUCUGCCACAAAAAGUUAUGAGAAUCUUGCUGCUGAAAUCAUGCCGGUGGAAUAUAGGGAGGUAUUUAUUCGACUGCAACAUGAAAAUAAGAUGCUUCGAUUACAGCAGGAAGGGACUGAGAAUGAACGCAUUGAAGAACUUCAGGUGCAGUUAGAACAAAAGCACCGUAAAAUGAAUGAAUUAGAAACUGAUCAAAGGCUGAGCCAAGAGCGCAUCCGUGAAAUGCAGCAGCAGAUUGAAGAUCUCCAGAAGUCUUUACAGGAGCAAGGCUUAAAGUCGGAAGGUGAAAGUUCCAGCAAACUAAAACAGAAGUUGGAAGCACAUAUGGAAAAACUAACAGAGGCCCAUGAAGAACUACAGAAGAAACAAGAGCUCAUUGAAGAUCUUCAGCCAGAUGUAAACCAAAAUGUACAAAAGAUCAAGGAACUUGAAGCUGCUCUUCAGAAGAAAGAUGAAGAUAUGAAAGCAAUGGAGGAAAGAUAUAAAAUGUACUUAGAAAAGGCGAGAAAUGUAAUAAAGACUUUAGAUCCCAAAUUAAAUCCAGCAUCAGCUGAAAUAAUGCUACUUAGAAAACAGUUGGCAGAAAAAGAGAGAAGAAUUGAGAUUCUGGAGAGCGAAUGUAAGGUAGCAAAAUUCCGUGAUUAUGAAGAAAAGCUCAUUGUCUCUGCCUGGUAUAAUAAGAGUCUCGCAUUCCAGAAACUGGGGAUGGAAUCUAGGCUUAUGAGCGGCAGCAGCAGCGGUGCUUGCAGAGACUCUGCUGCUGGUGCUCCCGCACGGUCUUUCUUAGCUCAGCAAAGGUGCAUCACCGCCACCAGACGCCAUCUCUCUGUGAGAGUUCCUGCUGCAACAACUGAUUAAACGGCAAAGGAGAGCUUCAACAGGAGUGCCCUUAAAAUCACUUACCCCUUUCAAGUAACCGCCACAUUAAGAAGAAAAUGUGUAAUGAAUGCUCACGGCUACUUUAAAAUCAAAAUUCAUGAAAUGAAUCUUGCCAGCUGACUUGGCAAACAAAGUAUAGACUGAGCUAUCUCUCACUUGAGUAAUUGGAAGAUGUAACGUAGGCAUACAUCUUAAGCAUAUUUGUCUUUGAAGAGUUUUGCACUUUGAAAUUGAUUUUGUAUAUUUUAGUGUAAUGUCUUCACUUACUCUAAUCAUGUGGUUAAUUUGCUAUAUAGAAUCGAGAAUAUUUAAAGGAUAUUUAUUCUUUUUAUCAUGAUCCAUACAUACAUAAUCUGGAGGUAGGCACAUAGAGCUAUUACAAGAGUAAUUUCUUUGACUUGAUGUAUACAGGUUAUUAUUUCUGUUCUUUUAAUUCUGUCAUUCAAUGAGUAUAUUUUAUGUCGCUGAGAGUAGAACUUUUGGAAGACUUGACUGUUGAAGACUGUCUCAUAGUAAGAGUGUGAAAUUGGAAAAUUGUAGAUCCAGAAGAGGUAAUGGUUCACAUGUGCACCUAAGAUAGAUCAGUGCUUCUCUACAGUUUGAAAUGUUAUGGAUGUGAAAACAAACUGGGCAUUUUUAAGAGGUGACUUUCUGGUGAACAUCAAGCUGAAAAGUGUGAAAAGUCUACAUAAAUAUGUUAAUGAGCAAUUUCACGAUUCCUUUCCAGCCCCGCGGAUUUUGGGGGUCUGUUAAAAAGAAAGGCAUGUCAUAGCCCAGCAGCUUGUGUGCUCAUUAUCGAGAGAGAGAAUGCAGCUGAAACAAUGGGGAACUCGUUUGAGUUUGUUCACUAAUUAAGAAAUCUGUCAAGCUGAGUUUGUUGUAUUUAGCGCAUUUCUGCCCAAAGUCUUGUUUGCAAAGGUGUUACUCUGAUGAAUUUUGGUCAUCACUUUUUAAGAUUCAUCACUUGGGAUAUUAAUUUAGUCCUAGUAAAUCUGUGCUGUUCAAAACAGUAUCUGUAGACCACAUGAAGCAAUUUAAAUUGAACUUAAAAAUUGAGUUUCAGUUUUCAUUUUCUCACUCGUGUGUUUCAAAAUGCUGAACAACCACAGAAGAGCUAGUGACUGCUGAGCUGGGCAGUGCAGGUGGAGAAUAUUUCCACCACUGCAGAACGUUCUGUUAGGCAAUACCUCUUAAAUUAUCUUAGGAAUGCUUUGGUGUGAGAGUAUAAAAAUAAAAACAAGACCAAUACAGGGACAGUUUGGGAUAGAAGUAGUAGUUGUGACAUAACUAGCAUCCUAUAUUCCCUGCCGUCGAAAACCUUGUGUGAUUUCCAUGGUUAAAUCUCUCAGGAGUAUGUCUAGACCUGAGGGGUCAGGGGUCAGCUGUCUGUCAGUAAAGAGCCAGAGAGUAACUGUUUUAUGCUUUGUGAGUCAUAUGAUCUCUCUUGCUGAUCAGCUUUGCCACUAUAGGGUAAAAGCAGAUAGAGUUCAUUUGUAAAUAAAUGAUCUCACUGUGUUCCAAUAGAACCUUAUCAAAACAAAACCAAAAAACAGAAAAACAGCAAGAACAAAGCAGGUGUCAGAACAGAUUUGGCCAUAGACUCCCUGGUCUAGACUUUUAUCCAUAGUCAUGCUUUUCAAGUACAAGUAUUGUUUUAUUCACAGUAUUAUGUACCAUAAAUGCUCGAGUAUAAGCUGACCCGAAUAUCAGCUGAGGCACCUAAUUUUACUACAAAAACUGCAGUAAAAAUGUGCUGAAAAAACUCGGUUUCUACCCGAGUAUAUAUGGUAUUUAGAUAUCUAGGUUUUGGAUUCUGUCCAGGUUUUUAAUCAUUAAAAAUAGAGAAGGAUUUCGUACAGCAUCAGCUCUGUAAUCAUAAGUACAAUCGGACAGGAUCUUUUAUCAGGGUUACGUCUGUUGGCUACCUCUUAGGUUUAGGUGUGUUUUAUUGGUACAGUUCUGCUGAGGGGCUUCUAAAAGAGUUUGUGGGAAAAUUCCAUUAUUUUUUAAUUUUGUUUUUUUCUGUGUACUUUUUGAAGCCCCGUCAUAUUUUUUAUUUUUCUCAUAUGCUCUUGUAGUUGCUGCUUGCCUGUAACUCUUACUGAUAUGAAAUAAGUUUUUGAAAGAAUUUUAGCACGCUAUUGAAAAUUUUCUAAAUAUGGCAUUUCAGUAUAGCGAAAGCAUUUGCCCCUUUGGUGUUUAAUACGUGUUUAUAAUUGAGAAUUUUCAAGCUCAGUUUUAAUGGAUUUUAUUGUGAAACAAACAUCAAUUUCAAAAAAUGUGUAUUUUCACAGUUCAAUUGCUCCUAACAAAUUUUUAUUAAUAUACUGGUAAUUUCUAAAUAAUUUAUGCAAAUUCUGAAUCAGAACCUGAGACUAGAUUCUUUUUUCUAAAAAGAGAAAAGACAAAUUUUCUGAUUUAUCAUUUUUGUAGUUGAUAAGUAGAAUUUAAAAUGUUUGAUAGGAGUAUUUAUACAAGGUUAAUGUAAUUUAAAGUUCUUUCUUAAUGUGAGUAAUCAUACAGAAAUUCAGGAACUGAUCAGAAGUGAGAUUCGUUUCCACAUCUGGUUAGCGUGGUAAGAUUGACACCCUGUGGGUGAUAGAGCAUUAUAAAUACUCCUUCGGGAACCAUGACUGGUGCACACCAGUGUUGUGUGACAGGCUGAGUGCAUAGGAAAGGGCACGUGAAAGUUCUUAGGAAAAUUACAUUAUCUUUUAAUUCCAUUUUUUCUGGAACUUUUUGAAGCCCAGAUAUAUUAUGGAAGAAAAAUUCAGCACUAAUAUAUAUGAUAGAGGAAUUGAAUAACUCAGUGAUUAUAAAAUAAAACUAUAGACCAGUUUGAAAAUUUUCUUUAGUUUUGAGCAUUAGCUCUAAGAUUUAUAUUCAUUUCUCUCUUCUUAACAUAAAAAAUGUGUAUACAAAUAAGUGAUAAUAUUCUGAGAUUCAUUCAAUGUAUUGAGAAAUCUGUGAAGUUGAUUUAUUUUUCCAAGGAUAAGACUGUCAAACUAAUGAUUAGGUGUAGAUUAAAAAAUAAUGUCUGUGUUUGGAAACGACACUUGACAUCUAAGCCUCUUUCUGGGUGGUGGCACCUCUGCCCUCCAUGACGGCUUUGAGCCACCGUGCUCGCUGUGCUAGGUGCUCUAGCUGUCCGUUUAAUGGAACAUUCCUAUGUGAACUCGUGUGUAUGUGGAUUGUACGCAUACACGCUAUUGUGAAACUGUGCAUUGAAAAGUAGUUUGGGAAUUCAUAAAGCACAAUCAUAAAAGAAAAUAGUGUGUAUUACUAAACUUGAGUUUAAAUGUAACAUUGAGCUUAUAAAGAGGCCCUUUCUAUUUUUUACAGCAAAGACUUUGACACUUGAAAAAUAAAAGCAAUACUUGAUUUAUUUUUUUAAGUAUUUGGGAUAUUAUUUUAAUGAUUGAUGAUAAAAUAGUUGUAAAAUGUUUUAAGUAAAUAAAUUUUCUGCUCCUGUGGUCUAA